UGUAAAGGACAUUUCUGUUAGAAAACUGUUAUCCUUUCAACCUUAAUUCUGUUCUCAUCUUCUUUCAGAUAACAUGGACGUUUUCACUCUGCUGCUCCUUAUGUUCCUCAAUGUUUUUGGAAAUUCAUACAUACUGCAACCAUGUGAGUCUGACAUUAGCAUCACUUUCCAUGUCAAACAUGUAACAGAGCACUCUUCUUUGAAUUAAAAAUGAUUUAAAAGAAUUGGGAGGCUGUGUAACAUAUGAAUAAUGAUCAUUUAAAUGAUUUGCAAAUUUUUUACAAGGUUAUACUGCAUGCUCAUUUUCAAUUUGAUACCAUAAAAACAGCUUGUUGGAAGAGGUGAUGCACUAUAAUGCUAAACAUAGCUCUGACCAAAGUCUUGAGAGUGAAAUGUUGUCCCAUUUAGUAUCAUGAUGGGUCAAAUAUUUUCAAUAGGUUAAAAGUUGUUACUGCAGGCAGGCCAGUGUAAUACCUGGACUCUUCUACUACAAAGCCACGUUGUUGUAAUAUGUGCAGAAUGAAGUUUGGCAUCUUCUUCCUGUAUUGUGCAAGGUCUCCUCCUAAGGAAACACUGUUUGGAUGUUGUCCAGCAUUAAUGUUACCCUCUCAUUUGAGGAAAUUUGCCAUGUCCCGAACACUUAUACAUCCCUGUACCACCUCAAAUGCUGGCUUUUAAACUGUUGGCUGAGAACAAGCCUGGAGGCUCUUUUUUAGAGUGAAAGAUGCAGCAGCCCUGAUUUCCAAAAAGACUGUCUGAUUUUCAUUUGUCAGACCACAGGACAGUUUUCCUCUUUUCCAUCUAAAUGGGCUCAAACCAGGGAUAACCACUGGUGUAUCUUGAUCAUGCUAAUAACAGUUUCCAGUUUAAACUUAUAUUUGUGAAUGCAGAUACAAACUUCAUCCUCAAGUAUAGAUAUGAUAGAUGUGAUUUGAUAGAAGUGAUUUUGAGCCCAUGCGAUAAUUUCCACCACAGAGUCAUGUCUGUUUUUAAUGCAGUGCCUCCUGAGGGUCUGAAAAUCCCGGUCAGCCAGUACUGGUUUUAGGCCCUUGUCUCUUCUGUCCUGAUUCUAUGUCUGUCUUAAUAAUAGGUACUGUAUGUAUAUUAAUAAUACUUUGCAUAUUAUGUUGAUGAUAACAUUUCUGAUUUCUUUGCCAUGGAAUUUCACGUUAUGAAAUGAAACCAAUUUGCUCACAUAGUCUCUCACAGAACGGUGAACCCCUACAUACAACAUGCCAUAAACACUUGAGCGCUAAUUGUCUCAUAGGUCUAACAAAGCCAAUCCUAACCGCUUAAAUGUGUUUCUAUUUUCCACAUUUUUAUUGGACACUGUUUUUUUCUGUAAAAAAGAAUAUUUCUGUCUUUCCUACAACUUGUUCCCAACACUUCUGAGUUGUUUCUCUCUUUUGUACUUUUUGUAGCAGCUGUAGACAGAGGGCAUGAAAAGUCCAAGAAGAGCGAUCAAGUGAUGAAAGAGAUGGUGGAGGAGGAAAGACAGAGCAGGCUGGUAGCAGGGAUCAUUCCCCACAAGGAGGAGGAAGGAUAUGAGGAAAGAGAGGAAGAAGGAGAUGAAGGGGAGAACAUAAAAUAUGCGAACCAAAAGGAUUUAGGAGAUAGAGGAAAGGGAGCUCACACUGUGGUUAGUAAUCUCACACCUCCUCUGAGCACAUCCUCUACUCAUCAGGGGAAGGAAAUCCAGAUUCCUGCCACAAUUCAAGCUGUCACCCUGUCCCCAAACCCUCCUCCUUUUCAUUUUAAUGUCCCUUCAUCAGUUCUGGUUACAACUUCACAAGCUCCUCCUGUCUCCUCUCAACCUCUGACCUCUUCCACCAGAGUUAGCCCUCUCAUUUCACCUCCAUCUUUGACUCCAAACCCUACAAAGAGCUCAGAUAUAACAGUGAAUCCUGGCGUGAGGGGGUCUGUUUUUCUGCUUGAAGAUCUCCUCUCUGAAGUGUUUCAAAGUCCUGGACAUCAUCUCAGGCAGAAUGAAAUGGACGAAAGGGCACAUGUAGAAGAUGUAAUGGUCAAAAAUGUGUUGUUUAAACCAGCAUGGAAGGAGGAAACCACCAGCCAAACAAACACAAAAGAGGACGAAUUUGUCUCAAAGGUGCCGGCAGCUACGCCAAAACCAAAAGAAGAGCCCAAGGAUUUGAAAGAGCCACAUCCUGCUCUGGAAAGAAAGGAAAAUAAUCCCAGGACUAAACCAGCAGAGGGCAAUCCAAACAUGGUGAAACCAACAGGCCAAACUAAGCCGGUGGAAAAUGACACUAAAUUUAAUGUGAAGCGAAACAAAACACCUCCUCUAUCUCAACCAGCCAAACCAAAUGCUAAAACAUCUUCAAACAGGCCAUCCAAGAAUGACAAAAGUGGUAAAAACAAGACCACAAAGAAGUCCAAAGAAAAGAAAAGGAAGAAGGACAACAAAACCCAAAAGCCACCAGAGAAGAAGAAGGAGGUCAGCGCACCAACUCACUUCCCAUAUUUUAAGGACGACUACUGUCCUCCUGAGUGUGUUUGUUAUGGAAGGUGAGAUAAUAAAGCUACAAUGAGGAGCUUUUUACAGGUCAUGGAUAGAUGAAGUCUAUAAAAAUGCAUUUUUAAUGACUUAAAAUAGUGAAUCAGACAAUCAGUGAAAAGCCACAAUGUUUUUAAAAUACUGUUAUUUGAACUGGUAAAAAAAGGUGGGAGGGGUGAAAGAAAUUAUUUACAAUAGUGAUAUGUUUGAUAGCUCAUAGGAUGGCUUAAUUCAUGACAAUACUACUACUACUAAAAAAAAAAAAAAGAAAAAAAAAGAAAAAAAAUACUACUACUACUACUACUACUACUACUACUACUACUACUACUAAUAAUAAUAAUAAUAAUAAUAAUAAUAAUAAUAAUAAUAAUUGUUAUUAUUAUUAUUAUUAUUAUUGAUUAACACUUGGGCAAUCAAAUCUAAAAUUUUCAAAUUACAACUAACUACUAAAUUACAUUAAUCACAAUUAAUUACACAUUUGAUCUCAUCUUAAAAUGUUUAUAAUCUUUGAUAUCAAAACACUUAUUUUCUUAUUUUAAAACGUUGCAAAGGAAAAAAAAAAUUAUUUCUUGGAUGAAGUUGAAAAAUAGGAAUGAUAAAGGCAUACUGUUGAAAGGAAAGAAUCGUAAGAAAAGGGUUACAUUUUGAGAAUUUACAACCCUUGUUUUUCUGACUUUAUUCUUGGAAAGGUACCAAUUCAUUCAUAUGUUGUGAAGCACCAUGAGUUGUAAUUAUUUAAGUCCAUGCUUGACUUUAUGUGUCCUUCUGUCUUUGUGUCUCCAGAGUUGUCCAGUGUUCAGACAAAGGUGUAGACAAGGUGCCUUAUGGUAUUCCUUAUAAUGCCCGCUACAUCCUCCUCAUGAACAACCGCAUUGACAGCAUCCAGCUGGACCUGCUCAAUGAAUACAUCUCCAUGGAGUUUCUAGUGUUGAGCAACAACCGGCUCAGAGAUGGCACCAUAGAGGGAGCCUUUGAGGGGAUCCCAGCUCUGAAGCGGCUCUACCUGGACAGGAACCUUUUACAAAACGUGCCAAACGACCUUCCUGUGUCUCUUGAAGAGCUCCGAUUGGACAACAAUCACCUUAGUGGGAUGUCAGAGGCUGCCUGGGCACGCUGCCCGGGCCUAUUGGUUCUCAGCCUCAGUAACAACAGCCUGGGGAACGGAUCUGAAUCCCUCCAUGACAAGGUGCUCUCUCCUUUGUCCAACCUGCGAACUUUGAACCUAGAUCAUAACCAGCUAAAGUCAGUUCCUCUGGGGUUACCCCUUUCAAUCAAGGAGCUUUACUUUAAAGGGAAUCUCAUUGAGCAUUUCAGAGGUGGAGCUUUUGAUGGAAAAUCAGAGCUGGUGGUGUUGGAUUUGAGUGCGAACAGACUCACGAACAAAGGUCUUUCUAGGGACUCUCUGGUCAACGCCACUCAUUUGGAAAGCCUCAAUUUAGAAGGCAACAAACUAAAACAAGUGCCAAAACACCUUCCUCGCUCACUUAAAACUCUAAAUCUGGAGGGAAAUCUCAUAACCUCCAUUAAGAAAGCGAUUUUCAACACCUUGAAAAACCUGGAACACUUGGGUUUAGCAAGGAAUAAAAUCUUCAAAGUAGCACCAGGGGCCUUCGCAGCAUUGCCGGUCCUGCACCAGUUAGAUCUGUGCCACAACACUUUACGCCAAGUGCCCAGACAGCUCCCACGAGCUCUGCACUCUGUGGCACUCACACACAACAGGAUUCAAUCAGUGCCUCGAGACCCUUUCUGCUGGGGGAAUAAGAGUCAGGGUCUCAGCGGGCUCGUUCGAGUGCAGCUGGAACACAAUUUAAUCGAUAAGGGGAAGCUGGAUUCACAGGCUUUCAGGUGCCUACGGGGAUUUCAGGUGGUGCAUUUCUACUAGAACUCCAAGGAAAGAUCAUGCUGCUCGAACAAUUUAUUCACAAAAAUUAAACAAUUAAUUUUCUUUAAGGCUCUCAUUUUGAAAGACUUUUCCAAGAGCCAAAGUGAUGCAAGGAAGCCAAACAGACUCAAGCUAAUAAAAACCCACCCAAGUCUCCAUUUUUGGCUGCUUACAUUGUGUUAAUUUUCCUCCUCCUACAGGCUGUUUUUGCCAACCCAGUAUGCCCUCAGGUUUGGAGAACAAUAGCUGACUGUAGGAAGAACAAGAAUAGUCCAGCCAAGGUCAUCUAUAACCAAAAUUAUGCCACUUCCAGGGUUUCCAGGUUCGUUUUUCAUGAGGAGUUUCCAAAGCAGAGCUGUUUCGAAUAAUAAGCAGGCUGCAUCUAGUUAUUAGGUCUAUUGGCAGAGCAUAAUCCAAAUGCUAAUUUGUUUAUUAUAAGUCCUAUUUUUGCCAGGAAUGUGAAUAAUGUAUUUGUCUAAAUGUUAAACAAAAACAUAGUUAUGAAAUUCUGAAUUCAGAAGUAAACCUGCACUUUGACGAAAGAAUAUGCAGGUAGAGAGACUACAUGAGUUUUGCAAAGUCCACUAUGAUGUUCUCACAGAAAAUUAGCUGCAGUAUCAGGCGCAACUUGUUAUUAUGAGAAAACCAGUUUUGGUGUUAAAAAAUAUUGAGAUAUAAAAUAUUUAAGAUCUUUUAAAAAACAAAUAGAAUGUAUUCAUUUUUAAGGCAAAAGUGGUGAAUAAAAUUCAAAAAUACGUGUCUUGGUACUCUGUCAAUGUUGCCUCUAGUUUUUUGGACACAGAUUAAUGUCAGCCUCAAAUAUUUGAUGUUCAUUAUUUGUCCGGCUCUGUUGAAUCUAAUAAAUCAAAAGAGAGACUCAGCAGUCUGGAGUUUAGGACUCAUUGGAGUUUUGUUUGCCCUUCAUAAUCCCUGUCUGGUACUUACUGAAAGGGGAAAAUUGUGGGAAUGAUUAAGUGGAAGCAGUGAGGGUUUACAGUUUAAGCUCUAAGUCAGUUUUCCCAGACUCACAGAUGGACGCUGGUCCAAAUGUUCCACUGAAGAGCACUUUUAACAGUUUCCAAGAGCAAAUCACAGUCAGGUUUGUUGUUUGGUUCUGUUUGUGCUGUGCUGAGUUUUAGGUCGUAUUCAUAUAAGAGAAAGUCGAAUCAUAUUGUACGAGUGAAACGUUUAUGACGCAUAACCAGCGCUCAUGAUUAAUGUGUCCACACUGCACAGGGGCGCUGUUAUUGAGCUGUACAUGUUAUACUAUACAACUGACCUCAACAAUAAACAUAAAAUGUAAUUAUCACAACUCUGCAAGGCACCUGAAGUCCCACAGAGACAGUUGUGAAAAAGUGACACAAGAUACUAACUUGUGCGCACAAUAAAUAUCACGUGUAGUUGACACAUUUCCAUGAUGCCCCCAGAUGCACCAAGAUCACUGCUGUCACUCCACAAGACUCCCCAUCAGUGACAGAUGGACAAACCAAAUCACAGACGUUUCUUUAAAGUGAUGACACAAGAGCGCUGCUUUGGUGUACUUGUAAACAACAAAGAUGGCAGCAUUUUACAUUAAAAAUAAUUAUCUUUUUUCCAAGAGAUUUCAAUUUUUUUCCUGACAUCAAUUUCAACUUUUUUUUUUGACAUUGAAUACUUAUAAGGUAACUGAAACCCAUUUUUUUCUGAUUUUG